CAUAUAUACUAUACAUUUAUUAAAGUACUUCUUUUGUUUUCUUUGACUUUUAUAAAAGCAAAAUACCACAUUGUCCCACAUUAAUGCAAAAUCUCUCCCGCCGCGGCCGGUGAUGACGACAUAUUUCCACGACUUGUAGUUCCUGUCAGGCAGUGAGAUUGGUAGGUAAGCAACUGAAAGAUGUGCUUAAAUUAAAAACGUGUCUCAUUCAAGCCAGCACAACUCUGGAUGCGUAGGUUUUGUUAACGUGCGUCUUUAAAGGCAUUAAACGUCUCAACUUGACAGCAGUUUGCAUAAAGUCGUAACCGGUCGUAACACGUGAUUGGAUAAGCUAACGUUAGUUAGCUAACGUUACGUGGCUAAUACACACGCUUUUAUACCAACGCUAGCAUUAAACAUUGUGGUUUAGGUGUUGUAUGUUAGUGUCGUACACUGAAUCUUUUUUUUAGAGCACGUUGACUGCGGCUACUCCUAUGGCUGGCAGCAUCAGGAUGAAGCUUGAGCUGAGACGCGUGGUUCAGGGAAGGAGUCGGCUGGGUGUCCUGAAGGGGUUCGGCAGGACGGGACAGCACUCUCUUGAGGUCCCGGGGUGUCUGCUGUACACACGCUUUGGCACAGUGCCCCACCUCACCCAGGACACACUGCACACCCUGAGCAACCUCCCCUCUGUCACUCAGGUCACACUGUCCAAUAUAGCAGAGCACCAAGAAGUGUUGGAGGAGUUUAAGGAUGGAUUCAGGAAGUUUGCAGGUCUUCAUGAUACUGUGUUGUACUGCUCGCUCCAUGACCCUGCGGCCGCAUGCCCUACCGGCUAUACCACUAACCAGACGGUGUCCGUGUGGGGCAGCGGUGGGCGGAUAGAGCUGACAGUGGCCAAGUUCAUGGCUCUCCAGAAGGCCGUGCAGCCGGAUUGGUACCAGAGCAUGGCAGACGGAGAGACGUGGCAGAACAACACCUCUCGCAAAAGGGUCCGAAAGUCGGUAGAUCGAACUCUUGCCCACUUGGAUGAGUGUCUGCUGGUGCACCAAAAAUCACAGGAGUUGGAGGGAGUGGAGGUGUUCGGGGUGGUGGAGGGAGGAGACAUCUUGGAAGAGAGGCUGCGCUCAGCCAGGGAGACAGCCAAGAGGCCAGUGGCGGGAUUUUGCCUUGACGGCCUCCAGACUGGGGCCAUGGACCAGACCCUGAGGACCCAGCUCAUCACUGCUUUGACCAAAGAGCUGCCUGAGGACAAACCCAGACUGCUGCAGGGUGUAGGACGGCCUGAUGAGGUGCUGGCGUGCGUGGAGGCCGGCGUGGACCUUUUCGAGAGUUUCUUCCCCUUCCAGGUGACAGAGCGAGGCUGCGCUCUUUUCUUCAGCUUUGACAUCUCCCCGGACCCGGAGCGCGCAGGUAGAGCGCCCCCUGCAGUGCUGGAGCUGGAUAAACAGAGGGACACAGCGGGGGCGACGCAACAGAAUGGAGGUCUUAAUCUUGAUCAAACGCAGAUGACGUCCUUUGAGAUCAAUCUCAAAGACAAGAGGUAUCAGGAUGACUUCAGGCCCCUGGUGGAUGGGUGUGGCUGCUACUGCUGUAAGAACCACCAGAGGGCAUAUCUGCAUCACCUGCUCAUGACCAAUGAGCUGCUGGCUGGUGUCCUGCUCAUGAUCCACAACACAGCCCACUAUCACGGCUUCUUCAGCGCCCUGAGAGACGCUCUGGCUACUGAUAAACUGGACCUCCUCAAGAGACGGGUACUUGGAGAGAGAGGUGGGCAGACAGAAAGAAAGGACUAAGACGGGUAAAUAGGAGCGAUAUGAGAGGGAUUGAUCUUUCGUCUAAAGGAUCACUGGGCUGACUUGGAAAGAGGCAAUCAAAGCUCUAUCUUGUUCCUCCCAGUCCAGUCAGAGGAUGAACUGUGACACUGCAGAGACCUUGAGACUGAGUCACUCCACAAGUUUCUAAAGCCACGUCUCCUUUUAAACGAGUAGAGGACAAAAAGAGAACAGAGCUGAUAAAGACAACCAUUUGAUGCUCCUGGUUUCACAUCAGGAAUACAGCUCCCAGCUCAUACAUUGAUCCGAGCUGAUAGCCAGCAGAUGGAGUCAGGGAUAGGUGCCUGAAGAGGGAAAGGAACUGGAUAGGAGGUCAGGAGGAAUCUGCAUAAUGAAAGAAAUUGAAGAUACAUGGUAGUGGGCUAUGGACUAUGACUAAAUGCCAGUGUGCCUCCUGUUGUGGUCUGAUUGCAGGUCACUAGAUGACUAAUAUCCUCUGGAGCCACUGACAUAGCAGUAUAGACUGGAGGGAGAACCAACAUGGGUGACCAGCUAUUAAAGGGGAAAGAAAUAAGAAAAAUAAAUCCCGCUUUUCUCCUAUUACAUUAAAAUUACCACGUGUAUAAAAAGAUCUUGAGGCUUUUUCAUUUAAUACUUCAUUGGUCUGUCUUCACCAAGCAUUUGUAAUUUCUUCAUGUGCACCGAGAAUAUUUUUAACUUGGAUACUUCAGUAGGAUAAGCUUCUCACACACAUGGAAGUUUUCAAACACACUCACCAGCAUGUUUGAUGAGAAUGUGUUCGCAUUAAGCACGUCCGCGCCACUCUCAUCAUGCAGAUGUGGUUGACUCCUUUGUGGGUUUUCAGGGAGGUUAACUGAAGGUUUGAGCUGACAGCUUCACUGUUCCUGCUGCUGAGGAAGGAUAAAGAUCAGAUAAAGAUAUGGGUCCGGGAUGGAGGGAGGCCUUUUGAGGGUGAUGAGAUAUAAAUUGACUGCCGGAGCGUGCAGAUGUUUGUGGGGGAGAAGGGACACAGAGGAGCGUGUGACAAGAUAUGUGGAACAGUAAUGGGCAAUUUCUGUUGUACUUGUGGGUUACCUAACCUGCACGGAGCAUUAUAAAGAAGUAGGUUGGAGGAUUUGCUGUCGUCAAUAGUUGGGUGCUGUGCCUAAGUACUUAAAAUGGGUUGGAAACAUAGAACUCUAUUAAUACCUGCCGGAGAAAAUGGGUGAAAGCUAAACAAGCAGUGACCUCUAGACUGUUUAUUUUAAGGUUUAAUGGGAUGGCAGUGGACAGAAGGGGAUGUAAAGUCAAUCCCCCCGAUUAGCUGUUGCUAAUGACUGUUGAGUUAAAUUGCUCCUAAUAAGUAUACAGACUCCAGCAGAUUAUUCAUUUUGACAUAUUCAUCAAGCUUGUGACCUUCAACUGUAAGAUAAAGUAGAAUAUAAGUGAUCACAAUAAUGAUGAGGUACAGCACAAUGAAAUAGAAUAUAAAUAAGGAUGGGGGAGGGGGUAUAAACACCUCAGCUAAUUGCCAGAGUGUGGCAAGUUGAAAAUUAUGGGUGUAAGAAUGUGAACACUAUUUGAGUUUAGAGCAUAUAAGAUGCACCAGAGGUCAACAUAUGCUAAAACUUGUUAUGAGACUUAUGCUAAGUCUUCUAAGAAAAACACUUCUGCUCAGGUCAGUUUGCUCCUUCCACCUCAUACUGUGCCAAUUGAGUCAAGAAAAUAAAAGAACCACAGGUUUGAUAGAUCAUCUCGAAUUAAUGAACCAUAACACCAGACAGGUGUGGCUCCUGUCUGAAACUGUCUGAGUUUAAUUAGCAGUACAACACACAACACCACUUUUUGGCUGUGCAGUGGAACAAGCUGUAGGCACAACACCGACGUCCCAUAACCACUAUAUAAAGUUGACAUAGUGAAUGUGUUGUUAUUUUUUCAUGUUUCUGGUCACCUGGUGAAUGGAAUCCAAUAUUUGCCCUUCUUUAACUCUGGCUUUGGUCUCACCAACUCCUGAGGGAAAUAUAUGACUCUUUAACUGCUGGAUGCAUACAGUGGAUUCGUCAGAGCCUUUCCACUCGAGAAAAUCUGCCUACUGCAGUCAAAACGGGAACAUUGUGGCCGUUAAACCAAAACAAUGAACAGAAAGACGCUAAAACGCUUCGUAGCUGAAGGAAACUGCAGUGAUAAUUGUCUAUGGAUUUGUCAACCUUUUCACAUUUAAUGAAACAUAUUUAUUAGCACAGCUUAACCAGUUACAGAGACGUGUCUUGGAUUGCUGAGGAACAAUUAUUUUAUUGUGGAUGUUUGCAAUUAUAUAAUGCAUAGCAAUUGUCUCAAGGUUAUGUCCAGCUUACAUCUUUAUUGUGGGGAAGUACUUUAUUGCUGGAUAAACUCAAAGCAGAGCUAAUAUGAUUAAGAAAUAUGUGUCCAUAAUACCACUUAGUCUAUGUGCCAUUGUCUGAUUCUUUAUAGAGUUAAUUUCCAUCUAGGAGUUUUAACAUUUUUGAGAGGCAGACUGGUGCUGAUCGUUACGCCCAUUCUAUGUGCCUCUUUCUCUACUCCACUGAUUGGCACUGGGCACAAUUUCCAUGUAAUAGAGCUCUGAAUGACAGUCAGCAGGUGGUCCUCAGAGCUCAACCAAUUACACAGAUGGAGAGAGCUAUUCAGCCUGGGUCACUACACGUUUCUUUUCUGUCUCUCCACUUUUCUGGACUAGUUUGCAGUGUGAGCCAAGCCUCACAUUUAUCUCACACUUCACAUGGCAUCCAGAUUGUUUUCUGCUGUUGUGGCAGCACCACAUGAAGAGGAAUGAGCUCAGCUGCCCUCCCAAAACAACAGAAAGCCAACUAAAGCCAGCGGUGUGAGGUGCAGCGGGUGUUGGAAAUGAUGGCCAGAGAAGGUUUUUAUCAGUGAGGGAUUGUGUUGUCAGAGCAGAGCUUCCAGAGUCUUUACAGGAGGAAGAAAGUGCCAGUAUUUGUCACUUUGAGAGGUGUGUCUGUUGUGUUAGAAGCUGAAAUCACUGUUUGAUGUCACAGUAGCCAUAAUUGAAUCACUCAAUAGGCCAUUAGGCUGCUAACACACAAGCACUGGGGCCACCAGACCACUUGGGGAGCUUGUUUGUGAUUCUUGAAAUUCAGUCAAAUGACUGCAAAGAGACAGAAAGCAACCAACAAAAAGAUGCAAAACAACGAAAUAAAGAGGCUAAACGACAACAAACACAAAAAAACGACGGAAAACAACUACUAAAAGAUGCCAAAUGACUACAAAGAGACACAAAACUUUUUUUGCAGAAAGGUAGUUAUUUUGAGACCCGGGACAAAUGAAAUGCUUGAUGAAAGUAACAAAGCAAUUUUCUCUAAGCCCAUGCAAGUCUGAAAAGCCAAAUAUGUCAGCAUGUACAGUACGCAAUACUUAGCUGAACCACGGAAAAUUGGGUAGAUGCAUCACACUUUUACCGAAAGUGAGAGUUUUACCGAAGAAGGUAAAUUCUCUCAAGCAGUAAAUAUUUUUGAAUGCCAUUGUCAUGAUGGAUGACAGAUUAGUUAGUCCUUUAAGACAUCCUCAACUUUGCCAUGUCAAAGUUUUUCAGUAUCGAAGUGAGUCAAGUUUAACAGUAAGGAGUCACUGUUGUAACAGAAGAAACGAUGCGCAACUUCCAUUCUAAGUCAACUUGUACAGAAGCUGUUCCACAUUUGUACAAAAUAGCACCUGGUAUUGAUAGAACACUAAUGUGAGUUGUUGAUUGCAACAAAAAAAUGGUUUCUGUCUGUAACAUUAUCUUUUAAAACGACAUUUAUCUGAAGUCUUUCAAUUGUCCUGGAUCUCCCCUAUCUUUCACUCGUGGUGUCUUGCUCCUCCUAUAUUUAGGCUAUGACAGGUGGGGGCCCUGUAGUUUCAUUAUCCGUCCAUGGCUGCGUCUUGCUCUUAACUACCCUCAGGCACAAUAUUUAACACCAUACUGUCAGCUGAUCUUACAGGUUCUCCUUCAUUUCGCUCAAUCAGAAACAACCAGGACACCAUAAACCGGCAAUGCAACGACUUCCUGGGUAGCUCCUGACCCUCCCCCCUGUCCCCAUAGUAACCCUUGACCACCAGCGAGGAGCAGCUGUGUUUCUCGCCUGUUUGCUGGCUAUAAAUGAUCAGUAACAGGAGGCCAAUGCCUUAUUACCUCCCUGAUGUAUUUCAUGAUUCAUUUAUGGACAUAAGUCAUCAGCAGACAAUGUUCUAAGUCAGCGGGGACCUGCUCCCUCUGUCGGAUGAGUGAAUAUUUGAUCAGAUGUGACUGCAGAAAUAUAGAGAGAAGGUCAUAAUAUAUUAAUACUCCAGAUUUAUUGGUUAACCUGUCGUGUGAACCUCUGCACUGGUGUCGUGUAAAUUUAAUGGGAUGUGAUAUAAAACCAGUAAAGGCAGAAUAGUUGUCCUUUUCUAUAAGUGUGUAGAAUUCAUAUUUUCUCUGGGUCUGUGCACAUCUAUAACCGGUUUAUGAAGGUUUUAGACGGUGUUUUGCAAGUUUGUGAAUGAGGCUGGGCCUGAAGUUUGGCUACACUGCAGUUUAGUUUAGUGCAAACCCCUUCCCAUAUUUAGGCGAGGUGUAGGAUGGCAAAUUCAGUGAAGGAAAAAGGAGGAAGUGUACGUUUGAUUAUAGCUCCUGACUGAAAAAGAAAAUCUUUUCUAUCAGGUUGGGUGUAUUGAUGUCAACGUUGAGUGACAACUAAUCAAACGAGAUAACACUUUCAAAAAGACAAUCAAGACGCAGAGGUAUGUUAUUGUUGCAUGAGCAUGACAUAACAGAGACCAAAACAAAUCAUAUAUAGAAAAUAUUUCAAUAUAUUUUGAAAAAUAGAGGUCAUAUUCCAAUUUUGGCAAAUAUUAAUUUAAUUAUUGAUUUAUCUUCUGAUAAUUUUCUAAAUUAAGUGUGUAACAAGACUACAGCCGUGUUAGUGAUUCUGUGAGACUGUACUGUAGGCGUAGUUGUACUUGGAGCUAAAUGCUAAAAUCUGCAUGCUAACACGCUUACAAUGACAUUGCUAAGGAUCUUUAGCACGUUUACCAUGUUUACAAUCAGUGUUUGCUGUGUUAUGCAUGUGUGCUAUAGAGAACAAUUUCUCUAUAGCACACAAAGUACAACUGAGGCUGAAGGGAACAUCAUUCAUUUCGCAGAUAUUUGGUCAAGUCAGAAGUAUUGAACAAAAAGAAGCUUUGAGCUGAUGAUGGCUAAGGGAUCUCCAUAGUUUUUUCAAUUCAUCAUGAAUGUCUGUACCUAAUUUUCAGACAAUCCAUCCAAUAGUUGUUGAGAUAUUUCAGUCUGGACCAAAGCACCUGUACCUUGUUUUAGCUUUUCUGAUUACACUGACUCACAAACACUCUGCUUCGCCUGUGCACACACAAAUUCAAUGAAAAAUACUGCCAGACUAAGGAAAAAAGACCUGCAGAUUUUUACUUUAGUGAAGAGGUUGGCUGGGUUGGGCCCAAACCAUAUUUUAUAAGUGUUUUUGUUUUGUUUUUUGCCUCUGAGUCAGCAAGAUGGCUGUCCACAGUGAAAAAAAUGGUUGGAGUUUUUAGACAAUAUUAAAAAAGAAAAAGUAUUUUUUGACAUUUGUCAUAACAGAAUAGCAGAUAGCAGAACAAAACACCCAGAGAUACAAGAUUAACCAGCAUUUUUCUAUUUUGGCCCCUAUACAUGGGAGGGAUGAUCUACAGUGAUUCACUUCCUAAAUUGCAUGAUUAUUGUGUGAUGAACUUAAUUACUCUCUCUUCUCAAUAAAAGUCAUUGGAAAAUCUGC